AUGGACGCGCGGAAGGAGGCGCGGUGGGGCGCGGGCCAGCGGCCCCCCGAGGCACUCUUCGCCCUGCUGGCGCGGAGCGAGGACGCCCGCAGAGACUUCCCGCUCUGCGCCGGCUGCAACCAGCACAUCGCGGACCGCUUCAUCCUGAAGGUGCUGGACCGCCACUGGCACAGCAAGUGCCUGAAGUGCCACGACUGCCAGGUGCAGCUGGCCGAGAAAUGCUUCAGUCGCGGGGAAAGCGUCUACUGCAAGGAGGACUUCUUCAAGCGGUUUGGGACGAAGUGUGCAGCCUGCCAGCAAGGAAUCCCUCCAACCCAAGUUGUGCGACGAGCCCAGGACUUCGUCUACCACCUGCAUUGCUUCUCGUGCAUUGUGUGCAAGCGGCAACUGGCCACGGGAGAUGAAUUCUACCUGAUGGAAGACAGCCGGCUGGUCUGCAAAGCCGACUACGAAACGGCCAAGCAGAGAGAAGCUGAGUCCACGGCAAAGAGGCCCCGCACGACAAUCACAGCCAAGCAGCUGGAAACCUUGAAAAAUGCCUACAACAACUCACCCAAGCCAGCCCGGCAUGUGAGAGAGCAGCUGUCUUCUGAAACAGGCCUGGAUAUGAGGGUGGUGCAGGUUUGGUUCCAGAACAGACGGGCCAAAGAAAAACGCCUGAAGAAAGAUGCUGGGAGACAAAGAUGGGGACAAUACUUUAGAAACAUGAAGCGGUCAAGAGGGAGUUCCAAAUCUGAUAAGGACAGCAUCCAGGAAGAAGGCCCCGACAGUGACGCGGAGGUCUCCUUCACCGAUGAGCCUUCAAUAUCGGAGAUCAGCCACUCCAACGGGCUCUACAGCAACCUGGGUGAGAACUCCCCCGCCCUGGGGCGCCAGGCCGGGACGAAUGGCAGCUUCUCCCUGGAGCGCAGCAGCAUCCCGUCCCAGGACCAGUUCCACGACCUGCGCUCCAGCAGCCCGUACGGGAUCCCCCCGUCGCCAGCUCUGCCCAGCCACCAGCCGCUGCUGUCCGGCUUGGUCUACCCUGACAGUGGCUUGGCCAUCGUGGGCCAAGGACAGAGCCUGGCUCAGCCGAUCAGGGUGCUGGGGGGCAACGGACCCAAUUCAGACCUCUCCACGGGGAGCAGCGGGGGCUACCCGGAUUUCCCCGCCAGCCCCGCGUCAUGGCUAGACGAGGUGGACCAUGCUCAGUUUUGA